GAACUAUGUGUGUCCCGGCCCGGAGCGCAAAAUUUAGACCUGAACGAAAGUCUAAAAAAAUUUAAAACCACGCAAGUGUGGAACGUCAGUCUCAGACACCAUCACGCAAUGUUAACGCGAUUUAGAUACAGUAUAGGAGAGGCUCGGCUGGCACAACCAAUCUUUUACUCUCAUAACCAAUCAUGUUCUCUGAAGCUAGUAUUUUGUCUGUCCACCAGGUACCCAAAACGUUAGCGAUACCAGCUAACGAACGAACAAAGACAAGCAGUUACAGGAAAUUCUGUAAUAUGAAUUCGCAGAAAGAAGCGAAAAGUUUGAUACUAAUGAUAGGGCAGUUAUGAAACAGUUGGAAUGCAUUAUCUCCCAGCGAUAUGCGGCGAUGUCGGGGAGCGACACAGUCGUAAAGAGGAAAGGCUGACAUUGCAGAGAACGCUCGCGGCGUUUAGCCUGGCCGCGAGUCGUCAGUCGUAGGCAGCCACUCAGAGCGGCGACACCUUCUGGCCCUAGCUCGACGUGGUGCGAUUUUGUUGGACGUAAUUCCUGUAAACGUGUCUGUCCCGACGUGACCAGGGUCUGGGGUCGGUGGUGAGUAACGUCGAGUAGGGGUCGGCAGUUGUGAGCAGCGACGCGGACCGACAGCACCUCCUGUUGGCGUAAAGUUCUGAGAUCAACAGCAGCACCACCGCGUGCUCCGCACGAUGAGGUCCACGAUGAUGCUCGCCGUGCUGCUGCUGCCGGUCGUCCUGGCCUCGGACAGGAACUGCACCUGCCCGUCGUCACCUACCCCCGAGGACUCCGCCGUGUGCGGCAGUGACGGCCGCACGUACUCCAGCGAGUGCGAGCUGCAGUGCGCCGGCCUGCCCGGACUCUCCGCCACCCACCUGGGACCGUGCAACACGACGGUGGUCGCCAGCCGCCGCCGCCGCUCCACCGUGGAGUUAGAGGAGUGGAGGAAAUGUCAGGCCGACCGUAAGUGCGCUGCAAAGAACUGCGAGGAGUGCAUCGUGGGCGGAUUCACCGAUAGCAAGUGCAGGCAGAUGUGCCAAGAGAACUGCAUAUGCGGCUGCGCGGGGCUGCCGACGGGCGGGCUGGACGAGGACUCGCACGACCGGUGGUACAAGUGCUUCCAGGAGAGGGGGUGCUCGAGUAAGAAGAUACCGUGUUACCAUAACUGUGACAACCAGGUCUGUAGGAACUUGUGCGCCAUGGACUACAUUAGGUGCAACUGCGGCUGCAUCCAGCACGCGCCGGACACAAGUACCCCCGCAGCGCCUACCACAAGUACCACCACAGCACCUACCACCAGUACCACAACAGCGCCUACAAGUACCACCGCAGCGCCUACAAGUACCACCGAGGCCAGCGCCACUGAUACGGACUGGACCUGGCAAAAGUACACGGUCUGUGUAGAUCAGAGCUGCAACUGCGGCCGCUCCAGCGCUCCAGAGCUCCAGGGAAUCCGCAAGGCCAACUGUACCUGCAGCUGCAUGGGCCUCCCCGGCGGCGACCUGGAGGCGUACGACAGUGAGGCGGUGCAGAGGUGCCUCGGGGACUGCGGCGACCAGGAGAUCAAGUGCGACCAGGCGUGUCGGGGGCAGAAGGAUCAGAAGAAGCAGAAGGAGUGCCUCGACAGCUGCAGCCUGCGCAAGCACCAAUGUCGGUGCGAGUGCAACAGCACCAAAGAACACUGACCUGGUACAACCAAAUCAGGAUUGGAAUAAACAAAAUGUAUUUCCUCAAA